UUCCGAUCUUUAUAGCAAUUGCUCAUUAUUAUAUAAAAAUCUACGCAAAUACUAAUUAAAAAGCAUCUGUACACAGUUGAAACAAAUUAAAAUGAUUGUGAGCAAUCCAAUCGUUAUCUUGGCUCUGUCAUUAUGUGUCACAUUCUCAUUCAGUACAAUUUACAUCGAAGUUCAUCCCACAGUUAACGACCACUAUUCCUUUUUCUGACCUGGUUUUGCUGGACGGCACUGUGUUCCUUUUCUUAUAUCUAGCAUAAUCUGUUCCUUUCCCAAGUCCAGAGUUCUUUAUCCUCAGAUUUCCACAGUCGCGGAUCCAGUAUCUGGCUUAAAUUUUUGUGGAUUCGUACUAGGUUUAGAUAUAGUAAAACAAUGGCUUCAGAGCCUGUAAAUGUGAGUGAAUUCAGUGAAUUGGCAAGGCAAGUGCUUCCUAAAAGUGUAUAUGACUAUUAUGCGGGAGCUGCAGAGGACGAAUGGACAUUCAAAGAAAACAUCGCUGCUUUCCAGAGAAUCAGGCUUCGCCCAAGAGUUUUGGUGGAUGUAAGCCGUGUAGAUUUGUCAACCAGUAUAUUAGGAUUCAAGAUCUCUUCACCAAUCAUGAUUGCUCCAACGGGUUUGCAUAAAUUAGCCCAUCCUGAAGGGGAGGUAGCAACAGCAAGGGCUGCAGCAGAUGCUAAUACAAUUAUGAUUGUUUCAUUUUCCUCCAGUAGGACUGUUGAGGAGAUUGCAGCCACUGGUGAUGCUGUUCGUUUUCAUCAAAUCUAUAUAUAUAAGAACAGAAAUGUCUCAGCUGAAAUAGUACGACGUGCAGAGCGUGCAGGCUACAAAGCAAUUGUUUUAACAGUUGAUACUCCAAGGAUUGGACGCAGGGAAGCAGACAUGAGGAACAAACUUGUUGUGCCCACUCCAGGGAAUUUCGAAGGCUUGAUUUCGGUAGAUAUUGAUACAGAGAAGGGUUCAGGACUUCAAUCUUAUGCUUCCCAAACUCUGGAUAGCUCUUUUACUUGGAAGGAUGUUAGGUGGUUGCAAUCAAUUACAAAUUUACCAAUUUUGAUGAAGGGAAUACUAACUGCCGAGGAUGCUGAAUUGGCCAUACAAGCUGGAGCUGCUGGAAUUAUUGUUUCCAAUCACGGUGCUCGUCAACUUGAUUUUUCACCAGCAUCCAUUACUGCUCUUGAAGAGGUCGUCCAUGCUGUACGAGGAAGAGCCCCUGUACUAUUGGAUAGUGGCAUUCGUCGUGGUACAGAUGUGUUCAAAGCAUUGGCUCUUGGAGCACAAGCAGUUCUGGUGGGAAGGCCAAUAGUAUUUGGUCUCGCAGUGAAAGGCCAGAGUGGUGUUAAGAAAGUGUUAGAUAUGCUUUAUGAUGAGCUUGAAUUGGCCAUGUCUCUCAGUGGUUGUUGUUCUAUCAAAGAUAUCACUAGGUCUCAUGUUCAAACUGAGCAUGAAAUGAUGCGAUCAUUGCUAUGAUAUUUUAGACACACAGAUGAGAGUUGAACAUAGUUUUUAGUUUGUCCUUGUUAGUACAGCAUGACUUUGAACUCGCAUUGAAGAGGGUCCUUCGUGAUGCAAUUCAAAAGGUAUGGAUUCUUUAUUUUGUUAGUCCAUAGAAAGAGGGGCUCUAUGUAUCUAGCAACUGAGCCGAUGGUGAAAUCAUUUCCACUUCAUAAGUAUUUGUUUUUUAAUGCUAGUAAAAUAUUUCAGAAGCUUUGUUAGCAAUCAAUAAGCUUUCAAAGUUUUUUUAGAAAUAAUAAAAUAUUUAAAAUACUACCAUACCACCCAGCUAUAAUAAUAUGAUGUAAUUGUGAGACUGUAUCAUGUUUUUUAAUAUAAUAUGAAUUUUUCCUUA